GCGCCGGUCUAUAAAGGCGGCGCGCGGCGCCUGUCCAGGGUGCUGAAGGCAGAUCGCGCCCAGCUCUGGGGAGGGGGACGGACACAGCCCCGCCGCACGGCCGAAACACCAUGCUGGGCUCACACGCCCCUCUCCGCGGAGCCGCCCUGCUCCUCUCCAUCAGCCUCCUGACGCAGAGCCGCCUGCACGCUGCCCCCCUGCUCCCGGGAGAGGAUGCCCGCCCCGAGGAGCCCCGCCAGCCCAGUCCCGCGCCCCCCACCAAGGAGGUCCGGGCCAGAGCCCUGCCCGCCCCCAGCUGGGAAGGCGGGGACACCAAGGAGGAGGAAGAUGAUGAUGAGCUCUUCCGAGACGUGGACCCCAAGGCCUUGGCCACCACGCUGCUGCAGGCCCUGGGCAACGGGGGCCACAACUCUCCAGACAAGCGCCGGGCUCCGGAUGAGGAGCGGGUGCAGAGCCAGAGCCGGAGCACCAGCCUGGGGGCGGGCCGGGCCCGGGAGCAGCAGCUGGAGGAAGAGGAGGAGGAGGAGGAAGGCAGAGACAGCAGCUCCCAGGAGCUGGAGAGCCUGCAGGCCCUGCUGCGGGAGCUGCGGCCGCUCGGCCCCGGGGCCAAGCGGGAGGGCGCCCAGGGGGACGCCGGCCACAACGCGGUGCUGAAGGAGCUGGAGGAGUACGAGCGGCUGCGGGCUGGCACCAAGCGCCGGGCCCCGCCGGCUGAGCCCUGGGCCGGCGCCAGGAAACUGAGGCAGCAGCAGCAGCUGGAGCACCAGCUCCUGCAGCGGCGCUACGAGGAGCUAGCCGAGAGCCGGCGGCAGGCUGAGGAGGCCCGCAAGGCAGCCGCUGAGGAGGAGCGGCUGGCUGACAUGGCCUCCGACCUGCUGCUGCAGUACCUGCUGAAGGGCCGGGAGGACGAGGGCGAGCCAGGGGCCAAUGCCCACGAGGAAGAGGAGGAGGAGGAAGAAGAGGGCAGGUUCCGGGGUGGCCGGGCCAAGGGCAGCCCCUUGCUCUUCGAGGACGAGGAAGGCAACGUGGCGGAGGACAAGCGCUCUGAUGAGGAGGACGACGAUGUCAUCGACCCCAACACUAUUGACCAGCUGAUCGAGCUCUCCACCAAGCUGCACCUGCCAGCCGAGGACGUCAUCGACAUCAUCAACGACGUGGAGGAGAAGAAGAAGAAGGAGGCGGCAGCGGCACUGCCGGUGGCGCCCAAGCACCAGGCCAAGCCAGCUCCUUAUGCCCCGGCCCGGCCCUACUAUCCUGCUACCCCCUGGCGCCGCCCCAAGCCGGACGAGCGGGACUGGAAUGAGGUGCUGCACGGGGACGACUACCCCAAGAGGUACCUGGCCAAGCCGAACGACUUCUCCAACUACAUCCAGCCCCGGGCGUUCCAGCUGCCACCACCGCCACCCUACCACCGCAGCCACCACCUGCCGGGCUCUCUGGUGCCCAGGGACGAGGCCGCCGCUGCCAGCCGGGCCCGAGAAGACGAGAUGGAGAACUACCUCGAGCAGGUGCUGAUGGACCACGCCCAGGCAUUCCAGUGAAUCGGGUCCGCCCCCCCACCCCGAAAUCUCAAUCCCCCACCCCAUCUCCCCAUGAAGAAGCGUGGUCAUUCUGAGUGUCCCAAGCAUUUCAGGUUGUGCGUGAGUCAGGAGAACAAACCCCCUCCCUCCCCGCGCCCGCGCCGCCCCCCCAGACUUUAGGAUUCCCGGGCCCCACCAAGCCUGCCGCGCUUGAAGGAAAAGGGUUGGGGGGGGGCGGGUGUUGUGGAAGACGUGGGCCCGUCCGGCCAUUGGGAAACACGCCUCCCCCCUCCUUCCGAGGAGGUGCCAGGCCAGGGAGACCCCAAUCCAGACUCUCUUCUCCGAGCCCCCAGGGACAAGACCCCAGCGUGUCGUCAGCUCUCAGGUGCGUCAGAAUUCUCCAAAGCCAGUGGCCCCAGCCCCUUCUAGUGCAGACAUGAAGAAUGUCCCCAAACCCUAGUCAGACGGGCAAGCGGAGGCAACUCGCUCAUUUCCCCUCUUACGAUCCUGAACAGCAGCCAGCGAGGGGAGUCUGAAAAAAUCUAGACCAUGUCACUGAAAACAGAGCAAAGACCCAAUUGGCUCCAAAAUUACCAUCCCACCAGGACUGUCUCUCGGUUUCAGUGUGUUUUUCCUUCUCUCAUCUCAGCACUUUCCCACCCUCCUCCCUUCUGUACAAUUUUCAAACACGAAUGCAGGGAAGGGAAGCGCAAUAUGUGGAUGUGAAAAAACGGAUAGGGUUUCUUACAACACGAACUUCUGGCCAUUCCUCACGGGAGGAGAAAGCCAGAGAGUCCUGAGGCGGCGGGGGGAUUUAUGGACUCGGGGGAAACUCAGCCCCAUGGGUGGGUAAAAUUGGCACCGCUCCGUUGACUUUAAGGAACUGGCGACUUGACUUCAGGGGUGCCGGUCCUAACAUUUACAGGCGCCACAAACAGGUUUCAAUGCCAUCCUGUCUGAGCUCUUACCUAACUCAGGUGGAGCACAGACCUCCAGCCCAUGUCUGGUGGUUGAGCUAGAGUCUCUUUUCAAGAGACUCUCGAGUUGAAGACUCUGAAUUCUGGAGAAGGGCGUCAAAUAGGGGCUGUCAUUAAAAGAGCUCCACGGUAGCAGGUUUACAUGCCCGGAUCUAGGUCACCAACACACGUUCUCUCUUGGACGAUCCCACACUGAUCCUUCCUGUUGCCCCAGAAUUAAUCUUUGCAGGCGGCCGCCCUCCAGAGAAGGAAUGAGGGGAGAACAGAGUGAGAUAUUCCAUACCAAACUGCCUUAUCAAGCUAUCUUUCCACCGGGUUGUUUCUUCCAUCAACUGACACCGAAGCUCGAGGUUAAAUAUUGUGACUUUGCCAGUGUUAUGCACCCCAAAAACAUGCCCCCCAACCCCUACCAGGCAUGCCGCAUGCUGUGUCUUGCUGUGAAUUCACCACCAUCCGAACACUCAGAAUCAGCGUCCUAAGGAAACUACCAGCAUUUCCAGUCAAGCAACUGAUCAGUUUAACCCACGAAGAGGCUGAUGUUGACGGCGGGGGAGUGCGCGCGGGUGGGGGAUGGGUGUUGUACUAAGGGCGUUUGCGCGUGUGUUUUCACCUGCAUCCAGUUUCCGAGUGUGUGAGAUUCUUGGCUUUGUGGCGUCCGGUUCCCGGUCCUGUGCUGUUUGUUUCGAUGUCCUGACCUCUGUGUUGUACUUAAUAAAACACAUUUGGCCUGUUGUAAAUAGCAUGUGGAAUUACUAGUUUUGCUAAGAAAUAAAAGCAACUAUUUUAUUA